AAGCAUUCUAUACGCAUUGUUCGUGGAUCGAAGACCGCCGCAGAAGUUCUGCUCUUGGACGUCUUCUAGCCCCACGACGCCCUUUUAUCUUUUCUUGCGGCGGUAAGAUUACUAUUUAGUUACAUUUGGAUUUUUAAGAAUUUUCUGUGGAUAUUAGGCGAGUUUUUUUGAUUUUGCGUAAGUUAGUCAUGCGUCACGUUGUACAGUUCGAAUACAGAAAAUGAGAGUUUAAGGGAAACACAAAGUGAAGCAAUUUGACUGUCGUUAUAAACUCUUUCUUUUAUUACUAGCGUUUUUUGUCUGAAUGAUUAGUUUUAACAUAUUUUAAUGGUUUAGACGAAAAAGAAAAGAACAUGAGCAGCGUCACUCAAUCAUCGGCGGACGAUAACGGUCAAACUGCGCCAUCUGUCGCAUCACCUCCGCCCAACCCGACUACCGCCGCCGCCGUUGCCGCUGCCGCCGCUGCUAUUAAUGACAAAGGAUUGAAAAUGAAGAUUAAACGGCCUAACAAAAGCGGAAGACAUGAAAUUGUUAAACAAGAGGCUAAAAAUUUGGAAAAGAAACGCGUUCACUCUCAAAUCAAUCACUCUGUUAAAAAAACAAAUGUUGGAGGUCAAACAUCGUCAAAAGAUCGUAAACCUAAUACCAGCGAAUAUGGCACACCUGCUCCAUCAACUCCUUCAAAAAGGGAACAUGACCCUUAUGACUUUUGUAAUGAUGAUAGUAGACCAUCAGCAGCAACAUCUUCUACAGUUCCUGUGAAGAAAUUAAAAUCGGAUGCCUUAAAGGUAGGCCUUAAUUUUAUGUUUUUCGAAAAAAUAACGUCAGCCACACAAUCGUUUAUAUGCUGCUUUUCAAAUAAUUCUAUCUCUGUGAGUACACGAACGGAUAAGAUAAUGACGUUCUUGGCUGUGAGCCAAUGUUCCGUUGAAGAUAAGAACGCCACCUACGUUAUCGUGUCUUAACACGCCGCUUUAUUUAUAUUAUAUAUUGUAUUUUUACCCGAACAGUCGAAUGACGGCAUGGUUGACACAGCGACUGAAACCUGUUCAAUCGGUGUCGUUACCGAUCCUGAAUGCCUGGGACCUUGUGAACCAGGAACUUCAGUCACGCUUGAAGGGAUAGUUUGGCAUGAAACAGAAAAUGGAGUACUAGUCGUAAAUAUAACUUGGCGUGGUAAAACAUACGUGGGAACACUUUUAGAUUCGACAAAAAAUACAUGGGCCCCGCCUAGACUUGGCGACGACUCGCCUACUAGCGAAUUAGAUUCGCGAACGCCGAAAGGUCGCGGUAAGAGGGGAAGGGCAGCUGCUAGUCAAGAUACAGGUGAAAGAAAACUGCGAAAAACAAGGGGUCGACAACAGGCGGCUGCUGCAGCAGCCGCUGCUGCGUCCAUUCAACAACAAAAUUGUAUAAACACAGCACCUGCUAGUCCUGCGAAAACUGGUGAAAAGAGAAAAGCUAACCGUCCAACUGAAUUGGAUCUUGAGGUUAAAAAAUCCAAACCAAAUUCAAGAUCUAGUACGCCAAUUGGUCUAAGGGGUGAUGAUGACUAUAUUGAGUGCCCCGAACCAAAUUGUAACAAAAAGUACAAACAUCUCAAUGGCCUGAAGUAUCACCAAACUCAUGCUCACGGAGAAACGGCUAUGUCGGAUUUAUCGCCCACUCUUCCACCAGCAAAGUGCCCGGAUACACCAGUUAAACAUGAAGAAGACGAGUGUUUAAAAAGUCCAAAAGCUGAAAAUACAAAUGACGAAAACAGAAAAAAACUUGUCAAGUGCGAUAGGAGUAGUAAAGGAAAUAAGCGCUCAACACCAACAACACCAAAAACUAAAACUGAACCUUCUUCCUCAACGUCUAUAAAAGACAAAAAGCCGAAAAAGAAAAAAAGUAAGGAUAAAGAGCGAACAAAAGAAUCUAGCCAGUCUUCAUCACAGAAAUCAGAAGAAAAUUCCGUGAAAAAAUUAGAAGUAGCUAAGCCUAUGGCAGCUCCAGCUGCUCCUAUGGAAUCGACGGCAACGAAAUCAAAUAAGGAAGACCAACGUCCAGCCCAAUCUCCUGCCUAUAGUGAUAUUUCAGAUGCUGCCAAUGAAACGGCUUCAAAUACUCCUGAAGCACGAGUUAAAAACAGCUUGAAUGACACAAGUACCGGUUCAAAUACAAACUGUUCCACAGCUUCUGCAUCAUCUUCAGCUGUUGCCUCAUCGUCAUAUUCUCAUUUAUAUCCAUCACCUUUUAUGGGAGUACCUAUGCAUGCAACUAGUCCAGGCGGUAGAGAAGAAGAGAAAGAAGAACGACGUCAGAAAGAAAGUCCAAUUGAAGCUGCAAAAGCAGACGAUGACGCCCACCAUCGACAACAUUUUCUUAUGCAACAACAGCAGCAAAUGCUGGCAGCUCAGCACGUAGCCCAGUUUGGUGCAGCAGCCUACGGACAAUAUCCACCAUAUAUAUUUGCCGCUCCUUCAUUUCGUCAUCCCCAGAUUGAAGAGGAUAAAAAUAAACCUAUUGAUCUUAAGAAGCCGUCCGCCUCUUCACCUGCUUCUUCUCCUAAAUCAUCAUCUACACCCAAAAGGCCUCCUCAAUGUUCUUCCGCCUCUAGCACCACUUCUAAUGGUUCUUUGAUUCAAGCACAACAAAAUGCAGUAGAUGAUAGACGAGAUGGAAAUAAAUCUCAUUUAGCAGCCGCUGAAGUUAGCAAUGGAGCAGCAGCUCGUCUCAUGGCGGAAAGAGAUCGAGCGCACGCUCUUAGGCAAGUGAGUGACAUGCAGAGAAUAGCAAUGUAUCAUCAUCCCCCGAGUACGAGAGCCAGCACUCCACCAGACAGAUAUUCUCCUCGAAUGGAUAUACCGAAAAACCUUCCAACAGGAGUUUUGUCACCUUACGCUCUUCCUAGUUCACAAAAUAUGCUUCUCUAUUUACAACAUCAACAGCAACAACAUCAUCAUCAUAGGACAGCACUCAUGCAACAGCAUUUAGCCACAAGCCGUGAAUCGGCUGAAUUAUCAGCGCCACCCGGAGGUCAUAAAAUAAACGAAUUGAAGGAAGCCGCUCGAGCGCAUCCGUCCGUCUCGACAAAGUGAAAGGACCGCGUUUAAUUAACUGUGAAACUUUCUCUUUUCGCUACUUACAUACUAUUCUAGUAUAAGUAUAAUCGUGUUGUGCUGAAUGUUUUAUUUUUGUUAUAUUUGUAGAAUCGUUACAUAAAAUAAUUCUCCUAAGAACUACUCUUCUUCCCUGCAAUAAAUAAUUUGAAUAGCGCCUAAUUAAAACUUAUUCUCCUGAGAGUUAACAGAGAGCAAUCUCUAUACCUAG